CUUUUGACCACCGUAGAAAUUACAUUCUCCUUCUUCAUACAGUGACUACCCAACGCACCAACAUUCUGUUCUUUUCUGAGUAGCGCAUUUGAUUCAUCUUCGCAUUCGCUAUUUAUCAUUCUCAGCCAUCGUCUUGCGAUCUCUUGUACCCAGGUUCCGGCCGAGUAAGUCGCACCGUAUUCUCCGUCUCAUCCUCAUUCCAACUUCACCCUUUCAUUCUUUCUUGGGUCGCACCCCUAGAAAAUCAUCGAAGCCUUGUUGAUCGGGUUCAAUUCAGUACGAGAACAAUAAUACUUUCUGGGCACUGUGUCCAGUGUUGAAACUCCAUUGCGCAACCUAUCACUGACACUUUCCUUGCGCAGACACCGUGAUCGCUCCUUCCCUGACUGCCGUCUGCACAGACGACAUUACUUGACAAAAUGGCUGCUGUUGCUCAAAAUGGCAUCCGGUCCUCUCCCUCUCCCAAUAUCCCUAACGGAAAGCCCACAUCUCCGUACAUCAAAGAAAGCAUCCCUGUUCAAACAGUCAGCUCAAAAGACCCCAAGGCUGCUGCCGCCGCGGCAAAUGACAUGAGAAAUGUGGUCAGGAGAAAAUUAACUGGCUAUGUCGGAUUUGCCAACUUGCCCAACCAGUGGCAUCGCAAAAGUGUGAGAAAGGGAUUCAACUUCAAUGUCAUGGUUGUUGGUGAAUCUGGACUGGGAAAAUCAACCUUGGUCAACACCCUUUUCAACACCUCCCUUUAUCCUCCACGCGAGCGCAAGGGGCCCAGCUUGGACAUCAUCCCCAAGACCGUUUCCAUCCAAUCCAUCAGUGCAGACAUUGAAGAGAAUGGAGUUCGCCUACGUCUCACCGUAGUUGAUACCCCGGGCUUUGGUGACUUUGUCAACAACGACGACUCCUGGAGACCAAUUGUGGAAAACAUUGAACAAAGAUUCGAUGCCUAUCUUGAGGCGGAGAACAAGGUGAACCGUAUGAACAUUGUGGACAACCGAGUCCAUGCUUGCGUCUACUUCAUCCAGCCCACCGGUCAUUCUUUGAAGCCCCUAGACAUUGAAGUCAUGCGUCGCCUUCAUACCAAAGUCAACUUGAUCCCUGUCAUUGCUAAGGCCGACACCUUGACCGACGAGGAGGUUGCAGCGUUCAAGCAUAGAAUUCUUGCCGAUAUCCAGCACCAUUCCAUCCAGAUCUUCGAGGGCCCACGCUACGAGUUGGACGACGAAGAAACGAUUGCAGAGAACCAAGAAAUCAUGUCCAAGGUUCCCUUUGCCGUUGUCGGAGCCAACUACGAAGUGACCAACCCCGAAGGACGCAAGGUGCGCGGGCGCCGCUAUCCUUGGGGCAUCAUUGAAGUGGACAACGAGGAUCACUGCGACUUUGUCAAGUUGAGACAGAUGCUGAUCCGAACACACAUGGAAGAGCUCAAGGAACACACCAACAAUGCCCUGUACGAGAAUUAUCGAUCAGACAAGUUGAUCCAGAUGGGUGUCUCGCAAGACCCCAGCGUGUUCAAGGAGGUCAAUCCCGCAGUGAAGCAAGAAGAAGAACGAACACUGCACGAGCAAAAACUCGCCAAGAUGGAAGCCGAGAUGAAGAUGGUGUUCCAACAAAAAGUGCAGGAGAAAGAAAGCAAGUUGCAGCAGAGCGAAGAGGAACUCUUUGCACGCCACCGUGAAAUGAAGGAACGCCUAGAACAGCAAAGAGCCGAGAUGGAGGAGAAGAAGGCCCGGAUCGAGCAAGGACGACCGCUCGAGAAGGAGGGCAAGAGGAAAGGAUUCUCACUUCGAUAGGCGGGGCCAUAGUCGUAAGACGUUGGACUUUGCUAUGGUUUGUCGAGCCUCUUUAUCAGACUUUACCCAUUCAGCGACGAGAUGACGACGGCGAUACUUUGUUUGAGGUCCUUUCCUAACCCGAGAGCUUCAGCUACAGACCGAGGGUUGUAGAUUGAGCGUGCGAUAUGACAGACUGGUACUGUUGUGAGGGAUUCCUAAUCAGCGAUGCAUCAUUUGUCCAUGAAAGUGGAUGGAUGGGUGGAGAGGAGCUUGGAUUGAGCAUAGUGUGAAAGGUGCGAGCCUAGCUCUUUUCACAGGUUUGCCAUGUCCAUGUGGGCGAGCAGGUGACGGCUUUUCUUGCUACAAUCAUGUAUAUUUCUUUGUGUGUGUGUGCCUGGUUUUGUGAUGGAAGCUGAGGGGAGCAGGCAAACUGGGGUUGACUUGAUUUCUUUCUAUUGUCAGCUGGCCACUCGUGGGAGAAUGCCAGCUGCCUUGUGUACUGGACAAGAUUAACCUAAAAGUGUCUCGAAUGAGAAGAUCAAGAUCGAAAAGCGAUGUCAG